ACCUGCCCGCGGCCGCAUCCAAUCGGAGGACACUAGUUCCCUAAACGUCCGGACUGAUGAGGGGUGGAGGUUCGAGACCGCACCGCUGCUGGAGAGUCAGCAGGAGCCGCAGCACCGAGCCAGCGGCAUGGACAACCUCGCGUUCGACUCGACGCAGCUGGAGAUGCAGCCGCGCGAUGCGCCGGAGAAGGACAAGCAGGAGCAGCAGGAGCAGCCGCAGGAGCAGCAGCGGGCCGGCGGCCCCGAAAAGCAGGAUCGUCAGCAAUGGUCCAACGGCAUGGAGUUCCUCAUGUCGUGCAUCGCCAUGUCCGUGGGGCUGGGCAACGUGUGGCGCUUCCCGUUCACCGUGUACGAGAACGGCGGCGGCGCCUUCCUCGUCCCGUACCUGGUGGUGCUGGUGCUCAUCGGCAAGCCCCUCUACUACAUGGAGAUGGCCCUGGGCCAGUUCUCCUCGCUCGGCUCUGUGCAGGUCUGGGAGCUGGCGCCCGUCUUCAAAGGUAAACGCGAAAGAACGCAAACACUCCAACCGUCUAGUUGCUUUUCGCGCAGGUACACGGUGUUGGACGAGGUAGACGAUGCAUGGGGCAUUUCCCGGGGCAUCGGCUCGCCCGGGUUGGCGUUGUCGCUGUGCCUGGGGGCCACGUGGGUGUUGGUGUGGGCCGUCACCUGUUGCGGCGUCAAGUCCUCGGGGAAGGCCGCCUACUUUCUGGCGCUCUUUCCCUACGUCAUUCUCUUCAUGCUGCUCAUCCGGGGCGUGACGCUCCCCGGCGCCGUGGACGGCAUUUUGUUCUUCGUGCGGCCCGACUUCGGGCGUCUACUGGACCCAACGGUUUGGUAUGCGGCGGUGACGCAGUGCUUCUUCUCGCUGGGCGUCGGCUUCGGCUCACUGGUCAUGAUGUCGUCCUACAACGCUUUCGACCACAACAUCUACAAGGACGCCAUGAUCGUCACCUCCAUGGACACCCUGACGAGCCUGCUCGCGGGCUGCACCAUCUUUGGCAUCCUGGGCAACCUGGCGUACGAGUCGGGGCAGUCUGUGAGCACGGUGGUCAAGGGCGGUUCGGGACUGGCGUUCGUCUCCUACCCGGAGGCCAUCGCUAAGUUCGAGGUGGCGCCCCAGGCCUUCGCCGUCCUCUUCUUCCUCAUGCUGCUGACCCUGGGCGUGGGCUCGGCCGUCGCGCUGCUGGGUAACCUGACCACUCUCUGUGGGGACGCCCUCAUGCCGCGCGCCCCCACCUGGGCCGUGUCCCUGGCCACCUGCCUGGUCGGGGCGCUGCUCGGCCUCGUCUACGUCACUCCGGGCGGGCAAUACGUGUUGACUCUGGUCGACUACUACUCGGGGACCUUCCCCAUAUUCGUACUCGUGGCCGCGGAGAUGGUCGUCAUCGGCUGGGUGUACGGACUGGACAACCUGUGCCGUGACCUGGAGCUCAUGUUGGGCCAGAGGCCGGGGCUGUACUGGCGGCUGACCUGGGGCCUCAUCACUCCCGUGACCAUGAUCGUCAUCUUGGUGUACACCAUCGCCACAGCGCAGCGUCUCGAGCACAACGGCCGUCCCUUCCCCGACGGGGCAGUGG